AUGCAGGUGGAUGGGUCUUUCCCGAUCGGCAACAACGCAGAGAUCGUUGGUCUCCCUGUAGAAGGCUACGACCCACCGGCUGGCCUCGCAGUUACCAUUACCGGCUGGGGCAACACAGCCACCGAAGGCCCAUCGGCCUCCACUCUGAUGAAGGUCAACAUCAGCGUCAUCGGUCGCGUCAGAUGCGUGGUCAGGUUCGGCGUCACAGGCCGCAUGAUCUGUGCCGGGAAGUCUGGCAGGAGCACCUGCUACGGUGACUCCGGCGGUCCGCUGGUUAGUGGCACCACGCAAGUCGGCAUUGUCUCAUGGGGCAGCGAGUACUGCGAGACAGAUUGUGCCGUCUACACCAACGUCGGAAACCUUCGCUCUUGGAUCACAGCUGUUGCUGGCGUCUGA